AAACCACAUUUAUUAUCACACAAACGUUACUCAAUCUCCUUUUGUCCAAGAAAAACACAACAAUGGGGAACCAAUCCUCUUCAAACAAGAUAGAAACUCUUCCCAUCGACACAACAUUUAAGCUUCCAGCAAAUAUACCAGUUUGGCCACAAGGUGGUGGAUUUGCUACUGGAACCAUCAACAUAGGAGGGCUAAAAUUGUUUCAAAUUUCAACAUUCAACAAAGUUUGGAAAACCUUAGAAGGUGGACCAGGUGAUGCAGGGGCAGCUUUCUUUGAGCCAGCAGGAAUACCUGAGGGAUUCUUCACACUAGGCCACUACAGCCAACCCAACAACAAGCCUCUUUUUGGAUCAAUUCUGGUGGCAAAAGAUGAGACAUCAUCAGGUGACAAUAAUGGAGCUUUGAAGAAACCAAUUGAUUACACACUUGUGUGGAGCAGCAAGUCCCAAAAGAUCAAGCAAGACAAAGAUGGCUAUAUUUGGCUACCAACAGCACCUGAUGGCUACAAAACCUUAGGCCAUGUUGUCACCACCACACCUGAGAAGCCUUCACUUGACAAAAUCAGGUGUGUUAGGUCAGAUCUCACAGACCAGUGUGAGAGAAGCUCAUGGAUUUGGGGACCAGACAAGAGCAGUGAUGAGAAAGGUUUCAAUGUUUAUGAAGUGAGGCCAAGCAAUAGAGGGACUCAAGCUCCUGGUGUGCUUGUAGGAACAUUUUUUGCUCAUAAUGGUGAAAUUCCUUCCCCUCUCCCUAUUGCUUGUUUGAAGAACACCAACAUGAACUUCUCCUCCUCCAUGCCUAAUUUGCCUCAAGUUAAGGCACUUGUCCAAGCCUAUUCUCCAUUCAUGUACUUGCAUCCUGAUGAAGAGUUCCAACCUGCUUCCACCAAGUGGUAUUUCACAAAUGGGGCAUUGCUUGUUAAGAAAGGAGAAGAGUCCAAACCUGUGCCAAUAGACCCUACAGGUUCUAACCUUCCUCAGGGUGGCAACAAUGAUGGUGAGUAUUGGUUGGACCUUCCUUCUGACAAAGCCAACAAGGAAAGGGUGAAAAAGGGUGAUUUCAAGAGUUGCCAAGCCUAUGUUCAUGCCAAACCCAUGUUUGGUGGAACAUUCACUGACCUUGUCAUGUGGGUUUUCUACCCAUUCAAUGGGCCUGGAACAGCCAAAGUAGGGCUCAUAGAUAUUCCACUAGGGAAAAUAGGAGAACAUAUUGGAGACUGGGAGCAUGUGACACUAAGAGUAAGCAAUUUCGAUGGAGAACUAAAAAAGGUGUAUCUCUCACAACAUAGCAAUGGUCAAUGGGUUGAAGCUUCUCAGCUCGAGUUCCAAAGUGGGAACAAAUCAGUGUGCUAUUCCUCCUUGAAUGGCCAUGCCAUUUAUCCAAAAGCAGGACUUGUCAUGCAAGGCCUUGAUGGGAUUGGAAUAAAGAAUGAAACUAAGAAGAGUGAGAAGGUGAUUGACAUGGGUGUUGGUUUUGAAGUUGUUUCUGGUGAGUAUUUGGGGUCAGCAAUUGUAGAACCACCUUGGUUAAACUUUUUGAGGCAAUGGGGUCCAAAAAUCACUUAUGACAUUGCAAAGGAGCUGGACAAUUUGGCGAAGGUGUUCCCUGCUUUGGAAGCCCUUGAAGAUGGUUUGCCAAAUGAGUUGUUGGGACAGGAGGGACCCACAGGACCUAAGCUCAAAAGAAAUUGGCAAGGUGAUGAGGUUUGAAAUGGAAGACUUGGUGAAUGGUGGCAUUAUUGACACCAUGCAAUUAAAAAAGGAGACUUUAAUUUGGUUGGUUUGCACUAUCUGUUUUGUAUUUUUAUAGGGUUCACAACAAACAUGUAUUUCUUAAUAAUAACUGACAAAGUUGUUUCUUGUUUGUAUUUGCAUGCCAGCUUUUUCGGGUGUUCCCACAACAUUAAAAAGCAUGUGAUAUUGCUCUUUAAAUAGUAGGUAGAUGGAGGACAGAAGAAAAUUGAAAAGAUUUUUGUGUGCACUUGGCUUAUAAUGAUUAUUUUCCCCAAAGAUAUAAAUAUUUUAUCACUAA